GCCGAACCACUCACAACACCAUUUGAAUCUCUAGCGGCGUUAGAAGAGGAAGAGAUCUUCAUAUAGGUCAUUGUAGCCCAGCAUGAUCCAGCCACCGCCAUCAUUGAUGCUUGUGAUGGAGUUGCAACCUUCCAGUUCCCACCAAGGCCGAAUGUGACAAGGACGACAAAGAGACUGUGGCCGCCACCUCCUUCACGAUGCCAUCCUUUGUUUCAAUAGAUCCAACUACAAACGAGAAGGUUCCGAGCGGGAAACUUCGGUUGGCAGAGCUCUCUACGGGUUCCAAGGUGUUGAAGCCACUCUCUGUUGAUUCUAUCGAGACAUUCGACUCUGAUUCAACGUGAUGAGGGCAUCAAAUGGUCAAUCACACGUGGUAAGGCCAAGGCGAUUAGAGACAAGUUCCCAAUGUAUUUGGGCUGUUAUUUUGCAAGCAUGGACGUGGAGCUAUUCAAGUACAAGCCCUUUAUGAUGUUACAAGCCGUGGAGAAAGAAGAGAGCCUUGAGGAGGAGGCAGAAUGUGAGAAGAAGGAGUAAAAGUGUUGUUUUUGUUCUUUUGAGCUUAAAACUCGGCCACAAAUUGUUAUUUGCUUUCAAAGUCGGUUUAUGAUGUUGUUUUUCUUGUUAUGGUCGGAUUAGGGUUGUUUGGAGCCUAUUUAAAGGGUUUAACUCGUUGGUUUGAGAGUUAGACUAUAUUAUCAAAUUUCAAAAAGUUUUUGCUUGUUCCCUUUGUGGAUUUUGCCCUAAAUACUCUAUUGAGGAUUCUGGAGUGUUAGAGCGACUCUUAUCAACUAGGUAUACACCCUAGUUGUGGAGAGCUACCCAUAUCAAUUGCGCUUAAUUCCAAGUUGAGAUUGUCGAUCGAUUCUUAUCGAUGGCCCCUUUUCACGAGUGAAUUCUGUUCGAUUGAUUUCCAUCCUAUCCUGGUUUUAUCUUUUGGUUCGAAUUGCUUGGGUUGUGUGAAUUUGAUUGUAUCAAGUGGUACCAGAGCCGGGUUAAAACUCAGUGGCAGAGUUGACGUGUUCUUGAAGGUUCUUGUUGGUGUUCUUGAGAUUCUUGGGCUGUUUGCUCGAGUUUUUGGGUUUUCAUGAGCUGCAAGGAUAUAGAAAGCAUUGCAAGCGAUUAAGGAUCAGUUGGAAGCAAUCACUCGGACUCAAACUGAUCAACCAACAUGAAUGUAGGCUGUUGAGGCUCGACUUCAACAACUACAAGCUCCCGUCGAUGAAAACCCUAACCCUAGGGAUUUCCAAGAGGAAGGAAGGGAAAGGGAGGAACGAGCACCUCCUCCCUUGUUCCAUGAAGUUCAGCGACGUCUUCGACAUCAUCGACGUGUGGGAAUGCCUCAAGUUGAGGCAAGAGGGUGGCAACAACAAAUCAAUGAUGAAGAGGAGGAGGAUUUUCGAGGAUCUUGGAGACGAUUACAAUAAAGAAGAGGAGGAUGAUCUUCGCAAUCUCAAGGUAACCAUUCCAUUGUACCGAGGUACGACAAACCCUGACGCCUAUAUAGAUCGGGAGCGAAAGAUGGAGUUGGUGUUUGAUUACCACAAUUACUCAGAUAAGAAAAAGGUGAUGUUGGCUGGCCUAGAAUUCUCGGAUUAUGCUUUAGUUUGGUGGGAUAAACUAUGAACGAGGAGGAGGAGAAAUAGACAACGUUUUAUUGAUACAUGGGACGAGAUGAAGGGCAUUAUGAGGGACCGGUUUGUUCCAAGUUCCCAUCAAAGAGAUAUGUAUCAGAAACUCCAACUUCUUCGGCAAGUUACGAAAAGUCUUGAAGAUUACCAUAAGGAGAUGUAAGUUUUGAUGAUACGGGCUGAUGUUAGAGAAGAUCGAGAGGCCACCAUCGUUUGAUUCUUGUAUGGUCUCAAUCGUGAGAUAAAAAACGUAGUUGAAAUCCAACCAUUCCUUGAACUUGAAGAUCUGGUCGCUAUGGCAAGCAAGGUGGAGAGGCAGCUACGUAUUAGAAGGUUUCAACCUUCUAUGAGUUCCCGACGACCAAACUAGGGUGUUGCUUCUAACCUUAAACUGCAAGUUCCUACUAGGGAGGCUCCCAAGCCUGCGACAAGGGUUGAGACUUGAAAGUGCAAAUUCUGGUGUGAAGCAAGGUGGAUCAUCCGGGGGAAUUCAUUGUUUCAAAUGUCACGGAAGAGGUCAUAUUGCGAGUCAUGCCCAAACAAGAAGACCCUAAUUCUACUCAACAAUGUGGAGUAUGUGUCUGAAGAGGAAGUAGAAGAGACCAGCGAUUCUGAAGUUUAAAAAGCUCUCGAGAUGGAAGCACCUCCAGGAAGUAUGUUGGUGGCGAGAAGGGAUCUGAUCGCACAACCUAAGGAGGAGCUAGAACAACGUGAGAAUUUUUUCCAUACUAAGUGUGUGGUUGAUGGGAAGCUACUCUCUAUGGUUAUCGACGAAGGAAGUUGCACUAACGUAGUAAGUUCAAUUGCGGUGUAGAAGCUAGUACUAACGACAUGAUGGAGUAACUAAUAAGUACAAGCUGGUACAUGGAGGUCAGAAGUGUGUGCUUAAACCACUCUCUUCGAAGGAAGUUGAUCACUUGAAUUUGUGCAUGUUAUUGUCAGUGGUUUUCACGUAUCAACAACCAAUGUAGUCAAAAUCUAGAUUUUAAGUAAAAUCGAAAACUGAAGUAGAAUCGAAAUCGUAGAUUAAAAUCGUAAAAUCGUAAGAUUUUAAGGUUCAUAUUAAAAUAAAUACUUAAAACACUAGAUAGUAAUAAAAAUGCAUAUCUUGAAUAACAAUCAAUUGAUAAAGCAUAAUUACUUCCCAAGAUAAGUUUGUUUGCUAAACAAACACAACUAAUCCAUAUAUUUUUCUUGUACAUAAUAGAAACACACAAAUAAGAAACCUAAAACAUUAUAGAUAUCACUGUUAAUUAAUUGUUAAGAGUAGAAAAUCACAUAAGAUCGUUAGGAUCAACAUUAACAUCACUUACACAUCAUCGUCAUCAUCCUCAACCUCACCCUCACUCUCAUCAUUUUUAUUUGUUUAAGGACUAAUAUCAUUACUCUUAUGAUCACUUGAAGUACCAUCAUCUGAAAAAGAUAACUCAUUGAUUGAUGCAUUCCCUUCUUAAUUGAUAAAAGGUCGGGUUAGUGGUGUUGAAGGAUUGGGAUAUGAACAAAAGCUUGCAAUGUAAUGGGGAUUUGGAUUAUUGUGAGGGUGGUGGGAACAAACUACAAGCUAAUUGGGAGGGUGGAAGAUAUCGUUGAUGGAAGGAGUUGGGCGCCGACGUGCGAAAGAGGAAGAUACGAGGAAGAGAAUGAAAAUAAAUUGAGAGUUAAUUAUCAGGUUGGGGUUGUGUUGUUCAUUAUGUUGGGUUGGGGGAAGUAAAUUUGACUCGGUUCAUGGGCAGAACCCAACUUGACCGGCCUAAUUUUGAUCCAAUUGAUAUGAACCUUGAAAUCGUACAAAAUCGUAGAAAUCGUAGAUUUUAUGGAUUUUAGAGUUUUAAAUCGGGAUUUUAAGGUUCAAAGAUUUUACAGUAAAAUUAGGAUCGGAAC